UCCUCCCACUUUUAUUUUAUAUUCGCUGUCCCAUCUUAUGUAUGUAUCACCUGGUAUCCAGCUUCUAGAACUAUGGAAUAAUUUACUAAGUUAGGUAUCAUUUACUUAUGUACUAUGGUAUUUGAUAUUUAAGGCUGCAUAAAUGGUUACCAUAUAACCCACAUACCCCUUUACCCUACGAAGCCAUUCUAUGGCUGGCUAACAGUGGCUCACAUUCGCAAUGUCCCGCUCGCUAGAUAAAGAUCUUCUAGUUCACUUAGAAGCUGAUGAUCCAAAUGAGGUGUAUAACGACAUCUCUACGAUCCUCACGAAGCUACCGGGAAAUGAAUUGCUAGAGAUCGAAUUUCUUGGGAAAAGCCAUCCUCUACAACCAGGGGUCAACUACCUUAGAGAUGGCACGGCUGUCGCAAUUCCUAAGCUCAGGCUAGUUCAAGCAUUUUUCAUUGCACGCCAGUUGCUGCAGGCUUAUCAUGAGGAGAGUACAGUAAGCCGCAGCGAAGUGAUGGCUGCAACAGCUGUAUUGCUGCUUAUGGACCCCGAACAUCUGACAGCCGCUAAUACCCGGAAACGACUGCUCAUAUUGUCACUAGAAACUGGCCAGGCAGAUGAGUUGGCAUUAAGACGAGAGAAGCAGUUUGUGGACAGCCUUCUCACGUCAAGGCUGUAUCGGCAUGCCAAAUCACCUACCCUCUGGUCACAUCGUCGCUGGUUACUCCACCUAUAUACAAUUCACGGCGUAGUCGUGGACCUACAGCACGAUAUCAAGAAUAUUGUCAUGAUAGCGGGAAUCCGGCAUCCUCGCAACUAUCCUGCCUGGCAUCACGCUCGGCUUUUAGUGGAUCGUGAUCCGGGACUGGCUGAAUCUAUAGUUACUGAUGUUAAAGAGUUCUGCUUGAAAAAUCAUACCGAUAUUUCUAGUUGGAGUUUUCUCGUCUAUAUCAUUGGCAGGAUUGAAGACAAAGAAACCCGCAGCACAGUCUAUUCUUCCGUUUUCACAGAAGUCCUUGAUAUCACUAGCUCGUUGCGCUGGAUAAGCGAGUCUGUCUGGACAUUUCUGCGCGACAUAGCGACGGUGGAAUUCAUUAGUGACCAACAAUUCGAGUCAUUUUUGGCCGUAAAUAAGAGGCUCGCUUCCACAACGCCGGAGAGCAGUAGUCAGCGAAGAACACUGGAUAGCGCACAACGUUGGUGCAAAAAGUAUCGCCCUCUAACGGGGUCCAAAAUGGCGGAAUGAGUCUGAAUUGGUCCAGCAAAGCUACCAGCCAGCCGUUGGGAGGAAAAAACAUAGUUGGCUCAGUAUUGACGCUGUCAGCAACUCAUUACUUGGGCGACCGAACACCUAAGAAUAGAAAACCAAGUGACUAAAACGACCAGUCUAGAUGUUAUAUGCCCUUUGCUUCCUUCUCGCCCUUACUUCCAUACCUCCUUCUCGUAAUGGACGAAAGAGGAUGGACGUCUGCUUCAAGUUGAGGCUCAUCAGUUGCACAUACAUAGCUUAUCCGGAUGGCGGCUGAGGAAGGCCUUUGUACGUACCGAAUAACUAAGACGUGACUCCUGAUAGGUCCAAAAUUUGUGGUAGGCUGACGCAGGGGCUUAGUUCUGCUACAACGUGGACGGCACAAGACGCUUCGUCCUAUAAUUAUCCCGUCACCUUACAUUUUGGGUACCAAACUG